GAGGGAAGGAAGGAGGGAGGGAGCGGGGCUGGCCGCAUGUCCGGGCCGCGGCGGGUGGCUCUGCUGGGACUCGGCCUGCUCCUGUCCAGGGCGGCGGCGGGACACUGUCCGGCCCGGCUCUGGCCGCCUCCCCGCGCCAUGCAGAGCGCCGCGCCCGUCCUGAAGUUCCUGGGGCAGAAAGAAGCCCAGGCCAUCGACCAGGAGCUCUUCGAGGAGUACAAAUUCAGCGUGGACCAGCUAAUGGAGCUGGCGGGCCUCAGCUGUGCCACGGCCAUUGCCAAGGCCUACCCAGCCAGCAGCUUCACCAUCAGCCGGCCAGCGGUGCUGAUCGUGUGCGGCCCUGGGAACAACGGCGGAGAUGGACUAGUUUGUGCCCGUCACCUGAAAAUGUUUGGCUAUCAGCCGACCCUCCAUUACCCCAAACGACCCAACAAGCCACUUUUUGAAGGUUUAACCACCCAGUGUAAGAAGAUGGAGAUCCCAUUCCUCACAGAGUUCCCAUCUGAAGCUGCCCUCAUCGACGAGGUCUACGGCCUGGUGGUGGAUGCCGUCUUUGGGUUUAGCUUCCAGGGCGCCGUGCGGGAGCCUUUUGGUACCAUCCUGAGCACCUUGGAGAAGGUGACCAUCCCUGUGGUCAGCAUCGAUAUUCCUUCCGGCUGGGACGUGGAGAAGGGGAAUCCUGACGGGCUGCAGCCGGACAUGCUGAUCUCGCUCACAGCCCCCAAGAAGGCGGCCCAGCACUUCCAGGGCCGCUACCAUUUCCUGGGGGGCCGGUUUGUGCCCGAGGCCCUGCAGAAGAAGUACGCACUCAACCUCCCGCCCUACCCAGAGGCCGACUCCGUCCUGCGCCUCUCCUAGAGCCGGCCCAGCCCCAUCUGCGGAGGGGGGCCUGGGGCUGCAGGGCCGCACCCCUUCCCCCCACCAGGAGCCCAGAGCCCGGGAGAGGCUGGCCGGCUUGUCUUUCAGAUCUUGCCCAGGAGCAGCUCCGGCUUAAGUCUCUGGAGGAGGCUUUCUAUACAUUUUGUCUUCCUGGAAUAAAAAUAUGCUGGG